GUGACGAGCAGCGGACGUCGCGAGAUCCGAAUCCGAUCACCCGCAAUCAGAACCGAAACCGAGGCGCUCCGGCCCGCCCAAAACGAAUCGAAACCCAAAAUAACCGCUUCGCGAAUUUGUAUUUAUUUUGUAUAUAUUUUUGUCUUUGUGAGUCCUGUGUUUUUUGCGAAACCACCACGCAUUUUUUUCGAGUGCUCUGUGUGCCGAGGAUAACGAAAUAUAAACACCAGCUGCUGGGAUGAUGCUGCUCCGAGUGACAUUGCUGGCCACGCUCUGCUUCUGCGCCGCCCAGGCGGUCCUGAGUGGCAAGGAGCUGAAGCGCCGGGAAGCCGGCUUCGAUACCUACGGGCCACCGCCGCGUCCCGCUCCCCAGUAUGGACCACCGCCACAGCAUGUGCCCCAUCGGGAGUACGGUGUGCCCCAGCAGAUUCCCUUCCGGGAGUACGGUCCUCCGGCCUUGAAGUAUGGCCCUCCCAAGCUGAACUUCCUGGGAGGAGGAGGAGGCGGCGGUGGAGGCGGAAGCUCUCUGCACGAGCAGAUCAAGACACACUUCGGUGUGCCCAAACCCUUCUACGGGCCGCCCCACAUCCAGCACAAGCCUGCGCCCCAGUACGGACCCCCGCCUAAGCCCUCUCCCCAGUACGGACCUCCUCCUCAGCCUGCCCCCCAGUACGGACCUCCUCCGCCGCAGUACGGACCGCCGCCGCCGCAGAAGAUCCAGCACCGCCCGGCUCCACAGUACGGACCACCAAAGCCUCAGUACGGACCUCCGCCGCCGCCACCACAGCUGCUGCCCUCGCCGCAUGCAGCUCCUCUGUUCAAACCCGCCCACCAGCCGGCCACGUCGUACGGACCACCGGCUUCCGGACCGCUUAACCUGCCCCCCAAGCCCAUCUACGACGCCCCUCCACCGAACUAUGGCCCUCCGCCACUACCCGUGGCCCUGCCAGGACCUCCGCCGCCGGCCACCACCAUUAUCCUGCACGGAGGACACCAUGGCGGACCUUCCGGACCCUCGGGACCGGGACCCAGUGGACCCGGGCCAGUGAAGCAGGUGCAGAUCCAGAUUGACGCCUCGGGACACACGCACAGCGUGAGCGGCUCUCAGGCUCCUUUCCACACGGCCUGCGACGGCUGGAAGCCAAUCCCGGCUCCGAUCGGCGCCUACGUGGAGCAGAACCACAUUGAGACUCAGGGAGGCUACAGCCAGGUGGCCCAGGGACAUGGCGGCGGUUUUGGAACCCAGUAUAGCGUGGGAGGAUCCUCCGGAGGCUCUGGAGCUGGCGGCAGCAUCAUCGACGGACUCUCGGACGAGCAGCUCGUGGCCGUGGCCCUCCAGGGCGGCAACGAUGGUGCCCAGGUGAUCACCGGACCCGGCGGUAACUCCAUCGAAACGGAAACUCUGCAGGCCGCCAUUGGCUCCCUGGAUGACUCGUACUCCAAGCCGCCAUUGGACUCCUUCGACCCCCGGUCGGUGCAUGCCCAGAAGUAUCAGACCAUUGGUCACUCCGGACCACAGGGUGGCAACUACGGACCACCGCCACCUCCUCCUAGCGGAAACUAUGGACCUCCGCCAAGUGGAAACUACGGACCUCCGCCGCCACCUCCUCAGUUUGCAGCUCUGACCAGCAGCAGCCAUGGCAGCCACUCCCACUCGCAGUCGCAGUCCAACGUGAAUAUCCAGUACGGACCACCUCCCUCCGGAAAUCCACAGCCCUUCCCCCAGCAUGGAGCCGGACAGCCCAACAAGCCGGUUGCCUACCGCCCGCCCGUGCCCGUCGGUCUGCUGGAAUCCAUUGGAGCCACGGUGCAGCAUCUGGAUCAGUUUGGAGUGAAGCCGCCACAGCAGCCCGCCACCUACAUUCCCCCGGCCGCCAACGAAAUCGCUCUGGCAGGAUCUCCUCCAUCUCUGCCCGCUCCCCAGGCUCUAUACCAGCCUCCACCACCGCCCCAGGCCCAGCAGGUCAUCCUGCAGCAGCAGCUGCCGGCACCGCAGCCAGGACCCGCCUUCGGACACCAGAAGCAGCAGUUCGGACCCCCGGAGCCCCAGUACCUGCCGCCUCCGCCGCCGCCAGUGGCCAACGUGCGUCCUCUGGGACCUCCGCCACCGCCCACCCAGCAGUACCUGCCAGCAGCUCCUCCACCGCCAGUCUUCUUCCAGCAGCAGCAGCAGCAGCAUCACCACCACGCGGAGAACAGCUACAGCGCCUCCCAGUUCCAUGCCCAGGGUCUGCCCCUACCCCAGCAGGCGCCUCGCUUCAGCCAGCUGCCCUUCCAGCAGCAGCAGCCCCAGCCCAUCAUCGUCCAUGACUGCGGACACGGGCCCAAUGUGGUGAGCAGCAGCGGCUACCAGGUCCAGCAGCAGCAGCAGGUGCAGCAGCUCCAGCAGCAGUUCGGCAGCGUGUCGGCCGCCUCCUCGGGAGCCUACAAUGCCAUCGCUCAGAGCAUCCCAGUGGCGGAGCAGCACACCCAGCAACUGGUUUCGGGUCCGGCGGACAGCUACGGACCACCUCCCUCCGGCAACGACAUUGACAGCUUCGACCACACCGGCUACGCCUCGCAGAAGAACGCGGUGGCCGCCCUGCCCGACGGCACCGAUCCCCAGCAGCUGCCCGGCCUAGACGGACUCGAUGUCCUCUCCGCCCAGAAGUCGCAGAGCAUCCAGCUGGGUAAUGGCCAGCAGCCGGCGCAGAACUUCCAAGUGCAGUUCGGCGGAUCCCUGAACAACGCCCCCGGUGUGUCGAGCGGUGAUGCCAAUCACGAGGAGAUCCUUUCUCAGGGCCUGCUGCAGUCCAUCCUCACGGCCAUCGAGCAGCCCCAGCAGCAGCAGCAGCAGGGUCUGCCCCAGAACCACAAAGCCCAGAGCCGCUCGGACGAUCACGACCAGCAGGAGGACCAGCAGCAGGCGGACGACCACGAGGAGGAGGAGCAGUCCGUCAGCUCGUCAACCCGCGUGGAAGUGCGCGUGCUGCCGGAGAACCCCGACAACGAGGAGGAGACGCCCGCCGAGGUCAAGGAGAUCGAGCCCAUCGUGGUCAACGACGAGGAGGCCAAGCAUUAGUCAGUCACUAGUUAGCAUCGAACUCAUCAGCGCCGCUUGAACCUAUUUAUUGCUGCCUCAUCCGCGGACCUCCGCCCGCCCCCCAGUUGCCAUAAAGUGAAAGUCCAGGGGCCGGGAGGGAGAGAUCCGUCACCACAUCACAGAUCAUCACGUCACAAUCACAAUCACAAACACACACACAAAGAGAACAAAGAAGCUACCAUGGAAAGGCGCCUUUCAUGCCCCAGCAGCUCGUGUAUAAAAAUAUUUAAAGUAAAUAAUUAAUUUAUUAUUACAUUGUAUUGUACUUUAUGCUUUAAACAAU